AGAGAGAGAGAGGGUCAGUUUCUUGCGAAGUUUGCAUAAGAAUCCACUUUGUUUCUGCUCUCUUUAUAAAUACUGUGUGCCUCGACCUCUCCAGAUCUCAAUCGCCGCUUCCCUUUCCAAAUUUCAAAUGGAGAUGAUCAGGAGGGCUUCGCAUGCAGGAUCAUGGUACACCGACAAUCCUAGAAAAUUAGCAGAAGAGCUUGAUGGAUGGCUUAGAGCAUCUGGCCUGGCUAAAUCUCCUGAUGUACGGGGAGUGAUUGCUCCGCAUGCUGGUUAUUCAUAUUCGGGUCGAGCUGCAGCCUAUGCAUUUGGGAACAUUGAUCCAAGUAGCAUUUCUCGUGUGUUUCUUCUUGGUCCAUCUCACCACUAUUAUACUCCAAAAUGUGCUCUUUCAAGAGCCACAGUUUAUAAGACACCAGUAGGGGACCUACAAAUUGAUUUGGAAGUUGUUGAGGAGCUAAAAGCUACAGGAAAAUUUGAACUGAUGGAUCUUGACGUUGAUGAAGCUGAACAUAGCAUGGAAAUGCAUUUGCCAUAUCUUGCUAAAGUAUUUGACGGGUACCCAGUAAAAAUUAUACCCAUUUUAGUUGGUGCGCUUAAUGCUGAAAAUGAAGCCAUGUAUGGACGGAUGCUCGCCAAAUAUGUGGAUGAUCCAAAUAAUUUCUUUUCUGUGUCCUCAGAUUUUUGUCACUGGGGCUCAAGGUUCAAUUAUGUGCACUAUGACAAGAAAUUUGGGGCCAUCCACAAAUCCAUUGAAGCUUUGGACAGGAUGGGCAUGGAUAUAAUAGAAACAGGAGAUCCAGAUGCAUUUAAGCAAUACCUGUUGGAGUUUGACAACACCAUUUGUGGACGCCAUCCAAUUAGCGUUUUUCUCCAUAUGCUGAGGAACUGCUCAACAAAGAUAAAGAUCAAUUUCCUUCGAUAUGAACAAUCAAGCCAAUGCAAAACUAUGAGAGACAGUAGCGUAAGCUAUGCGUCUGCAGCAGCACAGGUGGAUGCUUGACAUUGGCGUUCCAAAUUUAUCUGUAGUAAUAUGAAUUAUGCUCACUACUCCUUUAAAUUAACUGUCAUCUCUAAACCAUUUACUCGUAUUUGCUAUAUCUCAUCUCACUUUGGGUUCCCCGUCAUAAAUUAAUACUAGUAACUUAAUGUAUUGCCAACUGUUUUUUAUUUAUUUAUUAUUCCUUAUAUA